GUGUGUGUCCUGGUGGUCUGAAGUGUGUACCACUGGUGCGUUGUGCACCUAGCUACCACGAGGUGGAAACCAGCCACAGCUUGCUUGUUCCAUCUUUGGUGGUGCUGUGGGAGUCUGCUGCCCUGGACAACAUAAUGCCAAUAACCCGAGGCAGAUGUUAAAGGAAGCACAUCAUUUUAUUAAGCUUCCUCAGCUGAACUUCAACUAUGACUUAGUCAACAAGGCUUUGAAGAUCGGUCUCUUGAGUUUGAAGGAGAGAGACGAUUUGGAAACGAGGCUACAAGAUGAGGGUAUCCAGGUGGUGGACACUGGCGACCCAGCCUACCACCAUCUUCAAUUCUUCAAGACAUCUUUCCCCGCUAUUAAGCUUCACAGAGCUGCCACUGUCCACGUCAGGGCUGCACACUACCUCAGGGCCAAGUUUGGUCUGAGCCCCCUGUUGGCUGGGUAUGGUCUACAACAGAUCGACGUGACCAACACCAAAUUCGCCAACACCUGCCAGAGGAGCCCCGUGUGCCAAGAGAGAGACAUCUACUACCGCAGAGUCGAUGGCGCCUGCAACAACCUGGUUAGUCCCAGGAUGGGCCAGGCCAGGACAGCCUUUCAGAGGCUAUGUCCUCCACACUACAGUGAUGGCCUGUCAAUGCCCCGAGUGAGCCGGACGGGUAGUAACCUUCCCUCUGCACGACUGGUGUCCACCAGCAUUGCUGGCGACAUGGACAGACCCAGCUCAGACUUAACUCACUCUGUGAUGCAACUGGGUCAGUUUAUCAACCAUGACAUCAACAACACUCCCAUCAACAGGCUUAAUAACAGUGGUAUCCAGUGUUGUUCAGACAACAACCGUGGCUUCGCUGAAGCUGCCUUCCUCCACCCCGCUUGCUUCCCCAUCGAGGUUCCAGCCAAUGACUCCUUCUACAGCAGGAACGAUCGCCGCUGCAUGAACUUCGUCAGAUCUAUGUUUGCUCCCCGCAACUCUCCGUGUGGUCUAGGUUAUGCUGAGCAGAUGAACCAAGUCACACACUUCCUGGACGGAUCUAACAUUUACGGGUCCAGUGCCACGGAGGAGCAGCAGUUGAGAAUGUUCCGUAGAGGUCUGCUCAGAGUGCAAGAGAAUGACCUCCUCCCAGCCGACUUACAGGUCAUGGAGUGUGAGACCACCAGAGAAAGAUUACCUUGUUUCAUGGCUGGAGACAACCGGGUGAACCAGCAAGUGAUAUUGUCUGUCAUGCACACUGUGUGGGUGAGGAUACAUAACCGUAUAGCCCGGGAGCUGGCACGCCUCAACCCACACUGGUCAGACGAGACUCUCUACCAGGAGACCAGGAGGAUUGUGGUGGCCCUUUACCAGCAUAUUAUCUACAAUGAGUGGCUCCCUAAUGUACUUGGCAAGGACUACAUGGCUGCCAGUGGGCUACUGCCACGGCUGGAAGGCUACUCCAAGGACUACGACAGCGACCACAGUGCGGCUAUACUCAACGAGUUCUCCACUGCUGCGUUCCGCUUUGGUCACUCCCUCGUCCAGGGCAAGAUUGAGUUGGUGGACGUGAAGAGCUGGCCAAUAGACAGGUUGCCGUUACACGAGAACUUCAACAACCCGCGGCAGCUGUACACGCCGGGAAGGCUGGAUGAGCUCCUCCGAGGCCUCGCAACACAACCCGCCCAGAUGUCUGACAGAUAUGUCACCUCCGAACUCACUAACAGACUCUUUGGGUCUAGGCAGAUGCCAGCAGGGAUGGACUUGGUGGCCCUUAACACCCAGAGAGGCAGGGACCAUGGCAUAGCUCCUUACAACGAACUAAGAGAAAGAUGUGGACUUCCUAGGGCACGCAAAUUUGAAGACCUGCUUGAUGUUUUUCCUUCAAGGACGAUGAAGGCGCUCAGUCGACUCUACUCCUCAGUGGAUGACAUCGACCCCUUCGUGGCUGGCAUCUCAGAGAGGCAGGCACCUGGCUCCAUCCUUGGACCCACCUUCAGGUGCAUCGUUGGCGACCAGUUUACCCGACUGAAGCGAGGAGACAGAUUCUUCUACGACCUGGGAGACCUGCCCAGUUCAUUCACUGAAGCACAACUACACUCCAUCAGGAUGAUAUCCUGGGCCCGCAUCAUCUGUGAGGCUGGCAACAUGGUA